UCAAAUAUAAAUUGAUCCGGGAUCCCAUUCCUAAAAUGAACACAAGGCUUGUUAUUACAGAGGAAGAAUAAAGUCUUGCGGGGCCCACACAAUUUAAUUCUGCAACAAUCUCUUACGGAAUCAUCGUGUCUUCUCUUCUUCCAUGGUGCAAAAUUCAUGCACACCCCUUCUUCCAUUUGGUAAAUUUACCAAACGAGGGAAGAAAACGAUUUCAGUCAAAAUAUAGAAUCCAGAAUCUCCACUAGAGUCUCGUAUAAGCGCGUAUCUUAUAGAGUAACGAUUGUCGAUUCGAUAAAUUUCAUGCCUCUCGAAUAAUCCAAGGUAAGCGGCACCCGACAAAGUUCGUACCUUUGGCCGAGUUAAACAAAUUACAUAUUAAACUCUGCAGUUGCUUAUGGCAUGGUCAUGGAUGGUUAGGACUGGAAGGACGCAUUGGCUCAGUGUUGAGAUUCAAAGGAAAGUCGGGAAGAAGAACGAGACAGUGAAACAGAGAGGGAAAGAGGUCGAAGAGCAGAGGUGCCACGUGUCAGAAGCCCAGAAAGGCGCCUGCUCCCUCCCACCCCGUUCUUCCGGGGAAGCUUUGAGUCUCAUGUCAUCAUCAUCGUCAUGUAAUGAAAUGACGAUACAAUGAAAGGAAGAAAGGGCAAAGAACGGGGGAAGGAGGCCCAAUUGUAAUAAAGCGCACAGACACUACACACACUCUCUCUCUCUCUCUCUCUCUCUCUAACUCUGUGGGUGAGACUGUCCAUCAAUGGCAAUGGUGGCUGUGGAUCACAAUCCUCCUCCGACAUAGUUGCUCCAGGCAACAACACAGCAGAGUUCGCUCUCUCUCUCUCUCUCUCGUGUCUAUUUUUGAAGCAAAGCGCCCACAUUGCUAGCUGCUGUCUGGGAACAUGACGAGGAGUAUUGUAAGGUCCCUAUAAAGGUACUGGUUGGCCCGGGAAAAACAAAAAACCGAUUAGCUCUUCUCUCUGCAUCUGCUUCGGCUCAAGACUUGAGAACUCUAGAAAUGGAAAAGGAGAAAAAAGAUGGGGCAUCGCCUCGAGGGGUGUUAGAAGCCUGCAUGAAUUGCUCGGGAUCAGUUCCACCUUCCGCUAAGAACAGCAGCGAAAAAUCUGCACCAGUUAGCUGCACAGGAUCAAAAUCACUUUCUCGAUGGGGCAAGUUCUUCAAGCUGUGGAAGAGAAGAUCGAUUAUGCGCUUAGCCUCCUUCCCUCCUCUCACCAUAACAAAGAUGUCCAAGGGAAAGAGCGGAAGUGAAAGAGAGGAAAUCCCUCCCGUACUUAGUGAGAUUUAUAAUUUCAAGUCUACCUUAGAGCACUUCAGCUUGUCUGAUCUAGCGGCUGCCACCAACAACUUUAGCCCCGAUAACUUAAUCGGGAAAGGUGGCUACGCCUACGUAUACAAAGGUCGUCUGCAAAAUGGGAAGUAUGUGGCUGUAAAGAAACUAACGAAGGGUUCUGCUGAUGAGAGGACAGCGAGCUUUCUCUCGGAGCUCGGGAUCAUAGCCCAUGUCAACCACCCAAACACUGCAAAGUUAAUUGGCUGUGGAGUUGAAGGGGGAAUGCAUCUAGUCUUUCAGUUAUCUCCGCUAGGAAGUUUAGGGUCCAUCCUUCAUGGUGUAACCGUUGCUUCUUCAGGCUCAAAGUCAAAAGUUAAGCUAGACUGGUGUAAACGGUAUAAGAUCGCCCUGGGAACAGCUAAUGGCCUGGUUUACCUUCACGAGAGUUGCCGAAAACGAAUCAUUCAUAGAGAUAUCAAGGCUGAUAACAUCCUUCUCACUGAGGAUUUCGAGCCUCAGAUCUGCGACUUCGGGCUUGCCAAGUGGCUUCCAAAGCAGUGGACUCACCAUAAUGUAUCAAGAUUCGAGGGAACGUUCGGCUAUUUCGCCCCGGAGUACUUUAUGCAUGGGAUAGUUGAUGAGAAGACAGAUGUAUAUGCUUUCGGAGUUCUACUGCUGGAACUCAUUACAGGGCGAAAGGCAUUGGAUCACUUACAGAGAAGCGUAGUCCUCUGGGCAAAGCCUUUGCUUGAUGAGAAUGCAGUCGCGGACUUAGUCGAUCCUUCCUUGGGCGAUGAGUACGACCCAGAGGAGAUGGAUUGGGUCAUUAUGACUGCUUCUUUGUGCAUAGAGCAAUCUCCCAUUUUGCGGCCUCGAAUGCAUCAGGUUGUUGUGUUGCUGAAAGGCGACCAGGCUGCUGCAGAGGAUAGCGAGGAAUGGCCAAGGAAGUCCGUUCAGAGAACAUACUCAGAGGAGCUGUUGGACGCGCAAGAGUACAACUCAACAAGGUACUUGAGCGACCUCAGAAGGCACAGGGAGGUAGCUUUGGGUUCUUGACCCCUCAGCCUCUUUCAGUCAGCUGAUGGUAGUUUGGUAGAGUGUGGAAACUCCGCCAAUGUCUGUAACUCAUGUUGAAAAAGGAAUCAUUUAACUGAGGCUGCUUUUAACAGCAUUUGUAAGGACCGAGUUUACUUAUUGAUCCGAAGCUCGUAGGGGUCGACUGGCGUUAUUAGUGUUAACAUUAGAUCUCUAGACUCAGUAAAACCAGAUGCUCUCGAGUGCUCUGUAAAAGAACUCCGAUCCGCUCUGAGAGGGAAUUGUGACUGAAUCCCCUCUGUUGAAAUUAUGAGAAAGACACUUGGGUAAGUAACUAGACUGUUAUCUUC